ACAGGAACGGGUUCAUUAACGGGUUCAUGUCCGCGCAUUCCCGCAGCGCAGCGUUGCGCCCUCGCCUGACGUGACCUGCGCGCUCCGGGAACUCCAACACAUGCCGGCUCUCCCCAACUCUCCCCGAGGGUUCCCCGGUUCUUCUUCUUCCAGAGAGUCCCCCGCAUCUCCCCACCGUCCCUUUUCCCUUUUUUUCCUCCAGUGCGCCCUCCCGUCGCUCCUCGCUGCUCUUUUUACGCGCCGUCAUUUCUCCAAAUUGCCGACUUUUUUCCUCCGUGCGCUCCCGUCGCUCCUCACCUGUGAGCGGCUGCGGCUCCAGCCUCCACCUCGGAUUCGCUCUGAUUUUAUUCCAACCAGCUAUUAAUACAGUUCAGGACUGAAGGACAAGGGUUUUGUGCGUCAUGGGGAUUUAGUGAGGUGACAUGCUCCCAGGAACCGGCGCCGCCACAGAGAAAUGGGACUCCCAGCAUUUAUGGUCACAUGAAUGUCAGCGCUGCAGGCCGGAUGCCGGUGAUGGAGGAGCUUGUCAGUGAGAGUGACAGCACGCCUAAGCGGAUAGCUCUGAUCUGCUUCCUGUCGCUGGUCAUGCUGAUGAGCAUCCUGGGAAACCUGCUGGUCAUGGUGGCCGUCUGCAAGGACAGACAACUCAGGAAGAUAAAGACCAAUUAUUUCAUCGUGUCCCUGGCGUUUGCCGACCUGCUGGUGUCGGUGCUGGUGAUGCCGUUUGGAGCCAUCGAGCUGGUGCACCAGCACUGGAUCUACGGGGAGACGUUCUGUCUGGUCCGGACGUCGCUGGACGUCCUGCUGACCACGGCGUCCAUCCUGCACCUGUGCUGCAUCGCCCUGGACAGGUAUUACGCUAUCUGCUGCCAGCCGCUCGUCUACCAGACCAAGAUGACUCCCCUGCGAGUGUCUCUGAUGGUCGGCGGCUGUUGGGUCAUCCCCACCUUCAUCUCUUUCCUGCCCAUCAUGCAGGGCUGGAACAGCAUCGGCAUCGACCACCUGAUUGAGCAGAGGAGCCACAACUGGGGCAGCAACACCACGUCCUGCGUCUUCAUGGUCAACAAGCCGUACGCCGUCACGUGCUCUCUGGUGGCCUUCUACAUCCCCCUGGUGCUCAUGGUGCUGGCUUACCAGAGGAUCUACGUGGUAGCCCAAGCCCACGCCAAACAGAUCAGCAUACUGCAGCGGGCGGGGGUGAGCGCUGCUCAAAACUCGGACUCUGCCGACCACCAACGGAACAACCGCAUGCGAACAGAGACUAGAGCGGCAAAGAUUCUGUGCAUCAUCAUGGGCUGUUUCUGCCUCUGCUGGGCACCGUUCUUCGUCACCAACGUAGUUGACCCGUUUAUAGACUACACAGUGCCCGACCAGCUGUGGACUGCCUGCCUGUGGCUGGGCUACAUCAAUUCCAUGCUCAACCCCCUCCUCUACGCCUUCCUCAACAAGUCAUUCCGCCGUGCCUUCCUCAUCAUCCUGUGUUGUGGGAGGAAGCGGUAUCGCAGGUCGUCCAUCAUCGGGUCAGGCGCCCCCUGCACCGCCACGCAGAUCAACGGCUCCACGCAUGUUCUCAAGUAUUCUGUCCUUCAAAACGGGAAUCACAAAGAGCAGGAAAAGAAGUCUCUGCACCCAAACACACACUCCAGCGAGUCCUGCUUGUGACCGACGACAAAUCCACCGUCACAACUCGGACGGCCUCGGCUUUCACAGCGUCAUCAUCGCACCAUGGAUGGAAACUUGAGGAAAACCUUCAACACAUCCCGGCAGAGCCCGGGAGGGACUUUGGGGAGCAGAGUGGGACAUUUGCCACUGGAUUUGAAGCUCACACAGAACUUUACAUGAGGCCUAUAAAAAGACAGCGUCCCGUCUCUGCAGCUGGAUCUGCUGCGUCGUUUAUCUGGCCUGCAGAGACCGAGCUGGCCCGUCGUGGAGAACCAGCAGCUCAUGGUGAAAAAGCAUCUGAGAACUUCCCAGCAGAUGUGAUUAAUGUCUGCACUGUGUGGCGGGCGGGGGGUUGUGGGUGAAUUAUGUUGCCAAAGUGAUUUUCAUGCACAUACAGCGGAUCCAUUUCUGAUUAUUAUGUGAUGCUCCCUGGUGUUUUAGAAUUUAAAAAAAAUCAGAGUGACUUGACUUUAGAUUUUUUAGAAGUCUGUUCCUCGUUAAAAGACCACAAGUGUUAUGCUAAAGAUGAGAGCUUCGAACAACUUUAGUUUUUUCUUUUUUUUGUUUUUUUUUGUAUUCGACUAAGCAUCGCAAGUUUUGGCCUGAUUUAAAGCUGGAAAAAAAAACUUUUGUCUCCCUUGUCAGAAUGUCCCAGCUUACUAACUCCUUGUAGCACCCUAUAAUGUAAUAAUUUACUAUAAUGUAAUAAUUUCCUGAAAAUGUAAUAAAAUUU